CCUCACCUAACUCGCGCUAGCUGCGAACAGAUGAUACAGCAUCGCGCGGUAUGAGCUCAGAAAUGGAACAAAAGAAAUCAUCCUAAAACGGGGAAUGGUGGGAGCACGGAUGUGGAAAGUAUAGAAGUUAUUUUGAACCCAUUAGCAAAGGCAAAUCAUUAUUUCGGCCCUGAUUUAAAGGGUAGUCUUUUGGCAAAUUUGCUGUAAGCGCGUUGCUCCCCACCAAAGCCAGCUACAGGGGAGGGACUGCCGAUUUCUCGACUUUGCAGCUCUGAAUGAAGGGGAGGGGGUCCGUAGACCGAAAUUGAUGGUAGUGGGCUACUGAGGAAGACUACUCCUCUUGAUAUUAAAGGCAAAAUACACAUUUCAGUCGAACACAGCAGAGUUGGUGAAACGGGACGGUGGUGAAACAUGGAGAUGUCUGAGGGGCUGUCACAGCAGGAGAGACUCCAGGCUAUAGCGGAGAAGAGGAAGAGGCAGACAGAGAUUGAGAAUAAGAAGAGGCAGCUGGAAGAUGACAGGAGACAGCUCUCUCACCUCAAGCAAAAGUCCCUGAGGGAAAGAUGGCUGCUGGAUGGAGCUGCUGGCUCGGAGCAGGACGAGGCCAAGAAACAGCUUGCGGAGGACGAGGCCAAGCUCAAGGGUAUGGAGGAGAACAUCAUUAGAAUGGAGCAGGAACUGGAGGUGCUGGAGACGGGCGUGUCGGCGACCUCUACCAAAGAGAGCCUGACAGACGCAGCAACGAAGGAGGAAGCCAAGACAGCAGACAACAAAGCUCCGGCAGGCACUGUGCACGAGGUCAAGGGAGUUACAGAGGUCAAGGAAGUAGUCAAAGUGCACACCAGCCCUCAUCUGGAAAUGUCUGGAGGUGCCUCAGAUAGGAUGAGAGCAGAGGUCAAGGAAGUGCUCAAAGUGCCCAACAGCCCUCGUCUGGACAUGUCCGGAGGUGCCUCAGAUAUGACGAGAGCAGCAAUGUACUCAGUAGAGAUCACCGUUGAGAGGGAUAAUGUCACAGGCGAGACUAAGGUGUUGUCCACCAACACCCUACUGCCCAUUAACCUCACUGGGCAAGGGGUCAAGGUGUAUGAGGAUUACCAGAAAGUGGUACACGAGGUGAACGGGGAGAACGGGGUCCACCAGCUCAGCGCCAAUGAGGUGGACGAGCUCAUCCACAAAGCCGACGAGUCCAUGAUGAGCGACGCCACCACCGCUGGUGCCACCUCCACUGCCCCCGUCGUCCCCACCGAUGCUGAGUUAGCCAUGGAGCAGCAGACGACACCACAGAAGGAGAUCACUGGCAUGGAGGCCAAGGCGGGCGGCGCCAGUCCCCAGCCAGGUGGAGGCGAGGUGGAGGCCAGUGCCGAGAACCCCGUCACCAUGGUGUUCAUGGGCUACCAAAGCGUGGAGGAUGAGGCGGAAACCAACAAGGUGCUGGGCCUGGAGGGCACCGUCAAGGCCCAGCUGGUGGUCAUCGAGGACGGCGAGGGCAAGAAUGUGACGGUGGGGCCCAACCCCGCCACUGUGACCGUCACCGAGGGAGGCACCAAGGAAGAGCAGUCGCCCCCGCCCAACGGCAGUGCCGCCGAUCCCGUUAAGACCCCCCAGGAGAAGGCCCCCGUGGGGGAGAAGGGGGGCGAGCCAGAGGGGGGCGCCACUGAGCUCAACAAUAAGGAAAAGCAGCCCUGCAAGUGCUGCACCAUCAUGUGAGCCACCGUUGUGUGGCCGCAUUCCCCCCGGGACUUGACUUUUCAAGGAGAAAAUGACAAACCAACAACAACCAUAGCGUGAAAAAAAAACAACAAAAACUCAUCCCUUUCCCGUUAGCCCCCCUCCCGACAAAAAAAGGCAUAAAUGUUCUGUAUCUUUUGAUAGCCGGCUGUUUCCCAACUUCAUUCAUUCAUUCAUUCUUGUUUUAUAUAUUUCAUUUCAUUUUUCUCCUUUCAUUCUUUUAACUUUUGUAUGAUUUUGGGUUGUGAUUGAAACGGAUGGUGCCAAAGGCGAGCCAUCCCUGCGUUUUCACACUUUGAGGUUUCUGAGGGAGAGAGGAGAUAGAAAAGGAAAGAUAGAGGGAGAGAAAGACAGAGGAACUGGUUCGUUAACACACCCAGCAUUGUCCAACAAGCUUUUUUUUUUAAUGACAUCUCUAAUAAACCGUCAUGAGUUUUGUAAUCUUAACUUUCUGUAUGAAGGACAGAUAUAUGUCUCUAUAUAUCUAAAUAUAUAAAUUCUUUAUUUUAAAGAUAUAUUUAUUUGACUUUUUUUUAUUUUUUGAAAAAGCCCUGACAGAAGCAUGUUAUACAUUGUGCUUUCUGUCCUCUGCUAGUGCAUAUUAGAUAAAAACAUGGGGAAAUAUUUAUGACUGAUAAAGCUGUUAGAGAAUUCUCUUGGAUUUUGUUUUCCAGAAAGAAAGAAAAAAGAAAAGGGACUGUGGAAUUUCUGAGACAGACACCAACCACACUGCUAUUUGGAAGUGACAUGCAAUGAGACGUGAUAUUGAUGACAUCAUUGUACUGUGUGCGUGUGUGUGUGUAUGGAUAUCCGUGCGUGGGUGUAUGAGCAUGCAUGGAUGUGUGUUUGAAUGUGUGUGUGUUGGAUUACAAUGGCCUCAUUGGUCCUUAUGUCAUCCUACAUUACACUACCCACAAUCCCCAUCACCUCUUUUCUUUCUGGAAGAAAAAACUAUACUCGCUUAUUUUUUUUGGUCAUUUUCCUGCGCCCAAAUCAACUACACUAGUUCGACAACACUAGUAAUGAAAUGAAUAACAUGUGUGAAGGUCUUUCAUACCGAAGCUUGAGACUGAUGAAAUGAAUGUCCCUGUGUAAGCCUUGACGUUUGUGUGGUUCACCCCCACUUAACUACAUUACCAAGAAUACAACUACCCCUUUAAAAUAAAUAAUGCCUUUGUGAUAACAGUAUUAACUAUUUUUCCUUUAACUCAAUGACAUAAUCCAAGCUCUGGCUCCUGAUGUGAUGACCUACCAACAACUGUGUUUUGAUAUGAUGGUCGGCCUGGACAGGCCCUUCCAACGUCCCAAAGAUUUUCAGUUGGAUAUCAACUACUGUGGAAUUGGUGCAUAGAGCAUAGUCUGUUGUUUUCAACCUUGGCACAGCAGCGCAUAUACUAAACUGUGUUGCAAAUACUGUAAGAAGUUGCUCCAUUCAGACUUUUAGGAGGAGUGCCAUUUGGAGGGGGUUGGGGGUCAUAUUGUAUGUCGCCCUCAGAGUUGGUGUGGGAGGAGCUUCACUUUAAGAGUAUUUGGUUUCCUGUUUGAACUCUACUGUUAGGCCCUAGUUUUGUCAUUUAAGGGAAACAAAACCAAACAAAAGUUGAAAUAGGCCUACUUUUCAUUCAGUGUAUCUAUCUAUCAACAUGCUAGGCCUGAGGCAAAAAACAUGGAAUUUCAAAAUUUUUACAGUCCUAAAAGUUGACAGAAUCCUUUUCCACAGGGAGUGGCAAAUUUCGCUCCAAAUUCAAUGUUGCAAUAAUAUUUUUUAUUUUCCUCACAGAUAUUUUUUUUUGCGGUGUAGCUCAAAUUGAACAGCUGUGUUUUACUUUUGUGUGCAUUUUUGCUGCAUUAUGGGUGCCUGUAGCUAUAGAAUAUUUUACUUCUUACUUAUUUUUGCCAUCUUGGAGCCAAAUUUCCAGCUGAGCUGAGAGUCAUGUUAUUAUUGUCCAGUGUAUUUUUCCAGUGGUGAGUUGAGUCGCUUGAGUUGAAUUGGUCAAGCUCGGAGCCAGAUCUUUUCAACCGACGCACUGACACGUGGACCAUGUAAACGUGGUCCAUGUACUAUUCGCAUGCGGAAUAAAACACCUUGGGUGAUGUUUGCCUAAUCCUCGUUUAAUAUUGUUCCAUUGAUAUUUAUAGAGCUCUAUAGGUUAUUUUGACGGUGUACGUCAUUGGGCUCCCGAGUGGGGCAGCGGUCCAAGGCACUACAUCUCUGAGCAAGAGGGCAUCACUACAGUCCCUGGUUCGAAUCUGGGCUGUAUCACAUCCGGCUGUGAUUGGGAGUCAAAUAGGACGGCGCACAAUUGGCCCAGCGUCCCCGGGAUAGGCCUUCAUUGUAAAUGAGAAUUUUGUUCUUAACUGACUUGCCUAGUUAAAAGAAAGGUUAAAUAAAUAAACGUCUUUGUGAGGGUUCAAAUCAAGAACAGGAUGGACAUUGAUAAAUAAAAUAAACAUCUGAUAACAAGGUCUGAUAAGCCUUAUCAGAAUAAUGCUGGUGAAUCCAGUACAUUGUAGAAAAAAAACUAAUGGAACAUCUAUUCAUUUCAUCGUGUAAAAUAUAUCAUGAAACAAAUGUAUUUUGCCAAUCCCCUUCAAUCCCACCUCCUCCUGUGCGUUCAAAUGGGCAGGGCAAUCAUUGAUAUGCCGACACCUUCUCCAAUAUGCCGCUCGGCAUCCAGCGAGGAGGAAGGAGCAGAAAAAGCUGACUCAGUGUACAGUCAGUGUACAGUCAAUGUACAGUCAGUGUACGGUCAGUGUGACAUGGCCUGACUCUCUAGACUGCUCUUUGUCUCUGUGAGUGGGCGCUGGUCACGACGAGGGCCACAGACAUGUGCGUUACUCUAUAGGACUGUCAGCACGGGGUUGUUGGUCUAGAAGUUGUCCCGACAAAAACACUGCCUUCGAUCCGUUCAGACAUCACUGAAGACCAGUCCUCGUCAAGUCACAUUCCCACACUGCUGGAUCCAAACCUAUGCAAGGACUCCCAUGCUAACGAAUCACCAUCUAGGUAUAUAGGGACUGGAUAAGAGGCUUAAGAGGCUUUAAGGUCAUCAGUAUAUUACACCAAACAAUGAUCUAAAGGGCCAAGCAUUGAACCAUGGUCCAUCCCUUCCUUUGUAUGUGUUUAUAUAUGAUUAUGCCUUUUUAUUUCUGAAAUACUUUCUAGCUAACAGCUCACUACAUAUACAGUACAUGUGGCUCAGUGGCUGUUGGUUGGCAUAGGUUAGGUUGGUCCAUAUCAAUAUUAAAGGUGGGGUAAAGGAUUUCAUAUGUUGGCACUGCCAACUUGGUUGCACAUGACAUGCUGGGAUGGCUACAUGUGGGUGGUGUGUUUCUGUGGUGCUAAAUCAUUGAUACUGUCAUAUCUGACUGCAGAAGAUGAGAUAUUAUGUUAGAUAUUAUUUUCUGCAACUUGUGUUUGAAGAAAAUCACAGAUAUUUCUAUUUUGCAAUAGGAAACAGUAGCAAGAGUCAUUUUGCUAUAGACACCUCAACAAGGAAGUGAUUCAUUGGUACCAUUGCCAAGAUUAUUUGAAGCAGAAACUGUGUUGUUUUAGAUGUUUUUUAUUUUAUUUUAAGAAAACAUUUGCAACAUUCAUCUCAAAAUGGAAAAACAUGAACCGUACAAAUGCACUUAGGUUGAUCGAACUGAAACGAAUGGCGUUCCUGGUCUAACUAUUCGCCCGUACUAUUAGAGUCAGAGAGAACAUUGGUGACUUUAGCGAAAUCAAAUUUGUCCAUCCACUUCACAGUGAAAUAUGGUGGCAUUUAAGUUGAAGAUGCAUGAUACCUUCCUAAUAUGACGAUAGAGGAAAGAAUUACUCGCCACUUUCCGAAACAAGAUGACAAUGUUAAUCGUGUUUGCUCUAUUGGUGCAGCACAUUUUGCCCCAUCAACUUUGAGCUUCAAGGUAAACAAAUGUCAAUGUCGUUCUUAUGAAGGGUAAUGAAUGCCAAUGCCAUUCUUAUCAGGGGUAACGCAUGGACACCUCCACUCGAAGUGCCCUCACUGAGCAGUAGCGGGAGUCAAAUGCAGGGUCAAAUAUUUUUCUAUCCCUAAUGUCUAAGGUUAGGAUAGGAGUAUAGGGUAAUCCGAUCCUAGAUCUGUGGUGAAGGGUAACUUUUACCUCGAGCUCCUGUUGAAUACCCAAUACCCUUCCUUCUUUGGCCCCUUCCUCUUGGUGAGCUUGGUGCAGCGGCAGUGAGGCUUGUCGCCCCUGGCAACCCCAGCUCCUCCCACUCUGCACUGCCUGCACUGUGGUGCAUUGCUUGCUGUUUGGGGUUUCAGGCUGGGUUUCUGUAUAGCACUUUGUGACAUCGGCUGAUGCAAAAAGGGCUUUAUAAAUACAUUUGAUUGAUUGAUGACUCUGCAGCAGCACCCCCUGUUGGUUCUUAUCAAUAUUUACAUUCCAGUUCUGGCUUUCUCUCUCUCUACACACCCCCAAUGCCUUGUAGUCUGGCCCCCGGCCAGGCAUAUUUUUUGUAAAUGCAUAUAUAAAUAUCUACAUAUAAAUGUCUUUGUGCAAAACAAAAUGUCUGUCGCUCUCUCAUCCUCUAGUGUAGACUCAUAGAUCCCUGUCCCUUCCCCAGUGACUCUGCGCUCAUGGCAGUCAGUCAGUGGAGGGCCCAGGUAAUAGAGUGAGUGCCCACAAACUGCUGCUUUCGUAUUGCUUUGUUAGUUGUGAAGGUCUGCUUUCUUACAAAUUGGAAAGUGCUGUAGAGGAAAGUGUUUGAAAAGACUAAUAAAAAUGUGAUGUGCUUCAAAGGUC